AUGUUCUUCGGUGGCGGUGGUUUCCCAUUCGGCGAUUUCAAGGAAAUGCAUGGUGGAGGAAAAAAGAAAGAUAUUGAUAACAAGAAAUUUUAUCAAUUAUUAGAAGUUGAUCAAAAAGCAACUCAAGACGAAAUAAAGAAAGCGUUCAGAAAGAAAGCUUUGAAAGAGCAUCCUGACAAAGGAGGUGAUCCCGAGAAAUUCAAAGAUUUGAAUGUGGCUUAUGAGGUUUUAAGUGAUCCUGAGAAGAGAGAUAUGUAUGACAAAUAUGGCGAAGAAGGCUUGAGCUAAGGAGCCGGAGGUAUGGGAGGAAUGGGCGAUAUAUUCGACCUAUUUGGCAUGGGCGGUGGAGGCCGACAAAAGCAAAGUGGCCCUAAAAAGGGAAAACCAGUUGCUCAUUAAGUCAAAGCAACAUUAAAGGACCUGUAUUUGGGUAAAAAUACAAAGAUCGCUGUGAAUAGAGACAGAAUUUGUAAUAAAUGUAAUGGAGCUGGUGGUAAAGCUGGUGCUGUCUAAACUUGCAAUGGUUGCAAAGGUAGAGGUGCUAGAACCGUCAUGUAGCAAAUCGGGCCUGGUAUGUAUACUUAGAGAACAGGACCUUGUGAUGAGUGCGAUGGAAAAGGAGAGAGAAUCGAUGACAAAAACAAGUGUAAAAACUGCGAUGGCAAGAAAGUUACUAAAGAAAAGAAAAUCUUGGACGUCACUAUUGAUAAGGGUGCACCAAAUGGAGAAAAAUAUAUUCUUCAUGGUGAAGCAGAUGAGUUCCCAGGAAUCGAAGCUGGAGAUGUCAUAAUAUAAGUAGUAGAGUAAAAGCAUGAAUUUUUCAAGAGAAAGGGAGCUGAUCUAAUGUUUGAAAAGGAAAUAACCUUACAAGAAGCAUUAACUGGAGUUGAUUUUGUAAUCACUCAUCUCGAUGAUAGAAAAAUUAGAAUAAAGAAUAAGCCAGGCGAAGUAAUCAAGCCUGAUGAUAUAAAGACUAUUGAAAAUAUGGGAAUGCCUCUUCAUAAGCAAACCUUUAAAAACGGAAAUCUUUUCGUAAUCUUUAAAAUUAUCUUCCCUGAAACUCUGACAACUGCUUAAAUGUAAAAAAUAAGUGAGGCACUAGCCUCUUAGAAGAAAAAGGGUGAUACCGAUAUGGAUGUAGCUGAGACUGUUCAAUUAAAAGCUUUUAAGGAAGAUCAUAGAAAUACUCAUCAUGAAGGUGGCAAUGAGGGUAAUGGAAGUGAUGAAGAAAUGGGCGAAGAAGGUCAGUAGAGAGGCGGUGUUAGAUGCCAGUAGCAAUGA